ACUUUUGUAAAUAAAAAAAUUGAUUCAAUUUAAUUCAAUGUGUUUUAUUGUUAUUGUUUUGUAAAGUAUGAUUUAAUCAAAAUAACAAAUAUGCAGAAACUUUCUCCCAGAAUUAGUAGUGUCUUUAAUUGUAUGUUAUUCCCUAAAUGCCAAAAGUCUACCAAAUCAAGUGAUAUUUUUGAUCGUAAUGCUAAACGCCGUCAAAGGGAAUCAUCAGCGCAAAAGGAUGAUUUCGCUGUCUAUCAAUAUGUAAAAGAAGAAUUCGGUUAUCGGAUGGCUGACAGAGUCUGGGAUAUCAAACGACUUUUCACCCAUGCAAUCGAACUCUCUUCCGGAAGUGGAUUUGUCACGCAAAAUUUAACUAGAGAAAUUGUUGAAAACGUUGUUCUCUGUGAUACUUCUCAUACCAAUCUUGAUCGCAUUAAAUGUCCUGAGGAAAUAUACUGCUCCAAGAUUUUAAUCGAUGAUGAACAUUUGCCUUUUAGAAACGAAUGUAGUGAUCUAGUUUUAUCAAACCUCUCUUUACAUUGGGUCAACAAGUUACCAGAAUUAUUCAGUGAAGUAAUUCGCUGUUUGAGAAACGAUGGAGUUUUCUUAGGAGCAAUUUUUGGAGGUCAAACGCUUUACGAGUUGAGGUGCUCAUUGCAAAUAGCUGAGAGCGAAAGACUUGGAGGAUUUUCACCUCAUAUAUCACCUUUUGUCGAACCCACUGAUAUUGGAUCUCUACUUAACAGAGCUGGUUUUAAUUUGAUAACCAUUGAUGUUGAGGAAAUGACAAUAAAUUAUCCGUCAAUAUUUGAAUUAAUGUUUGAUUUACAGGGAAUGGCAGAGAGUAGUGUUGCCUGGAAUCGACGACUACAUCUCAAUAGGGAUUGCUUGAUUGCUGCUGCAUCUAUUUAUAGGGAACUUUAUGCUGAUAAAUCUGGAAAUAUACCAGCGACCUUCCAAGUAAUUAAUUUUAUUGGAUGGAAACCUGAUCUAUCUCAACCUAAACCAGCUAAAAGAGGUUCUGCCAAUUUUUCCUUUAAAGAUAUUGAAAAUCUAAACUUGAAAGAACAAUAAAUAGCAAUUUUCGUUGGUUAAAAUCAAACUUGCAUCUCAUCUUCACACCUUUAUUGUUCCAUAUUCACAUUGUACAUCCUGCGAUUAAUUGAAAACGUAUUGCUUUAAACAAUAAACCUCUCACAAUCACUCCAA